GUGUAGCAAGAGCUUCGUAUCUCGGAUCUUGGAGAUCAAUGUUAACGGAUUUUGCUAAAGACCGGCCAUGGGACGUGGCAAGCAAUGAUUUCAUCAGAAUGUAUACUAUUCGCUUGGUCAUUUAAAUAACAACGGGAGAUGAGACGAGAAAAAACUAUAUAACAUGCUGUUCACCCUCCAGUUGUGGUUAAUAUCAAAUCAAGAACAACAUCAUUCAGAAACCACCCAUAUUCAAGCAUAAGUAUUUUACUUAUCAUCCACCACAAUCUAACAACUAUUCCCGAGACACUAUGGCUGCUGCAGUUGCGACCCAACCCCACAAUCUUCCGCUCCUCGUUACUCCCGAAACAUGUCGAGGUCGUACCUACAUUAUUACCGGCGCCAACACCGGUCUCGGGCUUGAAGCCGCUAGGCAUCUUGUUUGUCUGGGCUCCGCAUCCGUGAUUAUGGCAGUACGUGAUCUGUCUUCCGGCCUUCGCGCUCUGGCUGAUAUCGAAUCAUCCACAGGAAUAUCUGGCGUAGCUCAAGUCUGGGAGCUUGAUCUAUCUUCGUACGCUUCCGUUAUAGCAUUUGCGAAAAGAGCAACCGAGGAACUUGAUAGAAUCGACGCAGUGAUAGAGAACGCCGGGGUGGCUUCAGGAGAAAGAAUCAUGAAAGAGGGGCAUCUGAUUACAAUUACAGUCAAUGUGAUUAGCACCGUACUGUUGGGCGUCUUGCUGUUUCCAAAAUUGAAGGAGUCUGGGGAGCGAUUCAGAACCUUACCGCAUUUGGUCAUCGUAACGAGUAGAGUCAGUUUUGAUUUUGGGGAGGAUUGGAUGAAGAUCAAGGAUGACCCAAUAGUCAAGUCGAACGAGGAAGAGAUGACUCCAAAGGCGUAUCCACUGUCUAAACUUCUUGAAAUAAUGGCAAUUCGUCAUCUUGCCGGUCUUCUUCCUCUUCAACAAACUGGAGUUGUCAUAAACCUAGUGUGUCCCGGUCUUUGCAAAACCGAUCUUAGCCGCAGCGUCCCCCCGGGACUUCGUGAAAGAAUAGCUAAGCAAAAGGAACAAUUUGGGCGAACUGCCGAGGAUGGUAGUCGAACAUUAUUGUAUGGUGCUAUUGCGGGCGAAAAGAGUCAUGGAUGUUUCUUGGAAUCUUGUAUCAUCGCCGAAUACGUUUGAAUCAUACUCACGUCCUGUUCCUAUGCUAACACUUUGACUAAAGGAAUGUAAUACCAAAUUGGGUGACUGACAUGGAUGGGAAGAAAUCGCAGAAGAUUGUUUGGGAUGUUAUUGCAAGGGAAUUGGAGACAAUUGAGCCAGGAUGCGUGGAGAAGAUAUUCA